CUUGUCCUAGAACGACCAAAACGUGUCCUAUUCUUCCCACGUGUAACCUUUUUAACAUGACAAAUUUCCAUUGUUUUGUUUAACACUAACAUCAAAGCUUAAGAUGAGUAUAAUUAGGAGCCCUGGGCUGAAAAGGUGCAAGAGAAUAAUAGUUUCAAGCACAAACAAAAAUUUUUACGGUAAAAUGAUGGAAGCAACAUUUUUUGCAAAGAGAGCUCUGUUCAACAUCCCCAAAUUCUUGCCUCAGGGUUCUCCUGGAAACCAAUCAACCAAAAGAUUAGUUAGCAGGGCUUGCUCAUCCACUUCUUAUGAACGUGCAGAAGGAAGUAAUACAGUAGAAGAAGGACAAGGGUCAUCAGAGAUAUCAGAUGCACACCAAGAGACGUAAUGUACGAAGCCAAACAUCGAUCAUUUGCUACCGAAGAAGGCCGGCCGCAAGGCAGCACGACAAGCUUCACGGCGGAUACUGCUAAAGAUGAAAUUAAAAAGGCGGUUGAGGUGGCAGAAAAUGUGGGAGAUACAGCAAAGAAAACCCUGGAUGGAGCUUUGAAAGCAACUAAAGAUACUACUCAAGGUAUAAAAGAAAUAUUGACUAAAAGUGAUGAUGAGAAAGAGAUUGAAAAGGAUGUAGCAGUAGAUGAGGCUAGGAAAGUUGAUCAGCUUCUUGAUACAAAAGAAUAUAGGAGUAUUAAGGAAUUGAGGGCCAAAGCUGGAGCGUAUGACAAGGCACAAUGAAGAAGCUUAAUAUGUUCUUUGGAAUCACUUUUGCUUUGAAUGCUUUUAUCAUGCAAAAUAAAAUGCUUUCCCAAUAGUUGGUUAAUUAGAGUUUAGACAAGAAGAAUAUUGGUUCUCAGUUAUCAAAAUAUUUGA